CUGCCACCGAAGCGACAAGGACAGCAAGCCUGCCAUCAGACCGAAGCAAUGGCGCCAGCAGUGAACAAGAAGACCAAGAAGAAUGCCGAGAACAUCAACGCUCGACUAGCGUUGACGAUCAAGUCUGGCAAAUAUGCGCUCGGCUACAAGAGCACACUGAGGCUCAUGCGCUCAGGCAAGGCCAAGUUAGUGCUCAUUGCAGGCAAUUGCCCACCGCUGCGACGAUCAGAGCUCGAGUACUAUGCGAUGCUCUCAAAGACACCCGUGCAUCUCUAUGCCGGCAACAACGUCACCAUGGGCACAGCCGCCGGCAAGGUCUUCCGAGUAGGCGUCCUAACAGUCACGAGAUUCGACGAUCCUGCAAAUGCACGCGGGCGCACAGUAGACGUCUCCCGUUUGCCGCACCAGAUGUAUUUGCAGCUCGGAUGCAUUGACCGUGUUCUGUGCCAUCACACAUACAGACGCUGA